GAAUACGGUUCCCUGCGUUUUUUAUCUGUCCUAAUUUCCAAUUCGCAAGAUUUUCACUGUUGGAGUGGAGAGAAGCUGAGGAGAUGGGUUGGAUCGAAGAGAGCGUUGCUUCGAUUAAAUCCUUCAAAAUCCGGCAGGCCCUCCAUCAGGCAGUCAGCCUUGGUAUGAUUGUUGCAUCUGCACUGAUGAUAUGGAAGACAUUGAUGUGUGUUACUGGAAGUGAAUCCCCUGUUGUCGUCGUUCUUUCUGAAAGCAUGGAACCUGGAUUUAGUAGGGGAGACAUUCUUUUCUUGUACUUGAGCCGAGAUCCCAUUCGAGUAGGCGAAAUUGUUGUAUACAAUAUUGAUGGUCGUGAUAUUCCAAUUGUCCACCGCGUAAUUAAGGUUCAUGAAAGGAAAGAUACAGGAGAAGUUGAUAUCUUGACAAAAGGGGAUAACAAUGAAGGCGACGACAUACCCUUAUAUGCUCCUGAUCAAUACUGGCUGCAGCGGCACCACAUCAUGGGAAGAGCUGUCGGUUUCUUGCCAUACGUCGGCUGGGCCACCAUCAUUAUGACUGAAAAGCCUAUCAUAAAGUACGUUCUUAUCAGUGUACUAGGUUUGCUUGCCAUUACAUCGAAUGAUUAACAGAAGGAAAGCUCUCAAAGAACAGACUCAUUAGUUUUGUUGGACUGAGUUCUGAGGUUAACUACAUAAAUAUAUGCUAAUUUCUUGUAUUGAUUAUGCUUCAAAUACACUUUCUUUACAUCAUUAUAUAAACCUAUGUAACAUCAUGUAGGGAUGCUUUUAUAAGUAUUAUAUACUAGAAGAGUUUUUUUUUU